AUAUUUAAGCUUGGCUAAUUAGAAUAUUAGUGUCGUCUGCUAUAGUCUUUGUUUCACAGUUUUGAAAAAGAGACAAAGCUCAAGUAUUAAGAUUUAAGAUUAAUAAAGAAAACAGAAGGUUCUCUUUUUUCUGGAAACGUACGUGGCUGAACGAAAAAUAGCACAACAAAUAAAAUUAGAAAAAUGUGGGCUCGUCGUCGUGUGAAUUCUGUUGCCGCUGCUCUCCAUGCUGAUGCUCUCCACUCCAUGCUGUUUGGCGGAUAAACAGCAUCCCGUUUGGAUUGAAGAAACUACCGAUGCCGGUCGUCGAGUUACGAGCUCUUCUUCCCCUUUCUAUAAAUGUCUUCGUGUACACCCAUGUGAGUGUGGGUGUAUUCACGAGGACCCCCUUUUUCCUAUCCUGCCUGGACCCUGGUGAAUUCAACUUCUCUGCUGAUGGAUGGAGCACUUGUGGGUGCCUGGCCGUAUUAAGAUAAACAGCAUCCCAUUUGGAUUGGAGAAACUACCGAUGCCGGCCGGGUUACGUAACUCUUCUUCCCCUGUUAUUUACAUGUCCUAGUGUACCCACCCAUAUGUGUGUGUGUGGGUGGAUUCACCGAGGACACCCUUUUUUCCUAUUCCGCCUGGUGGAUUCAAUUUAUGGAUGGAGCACUUGGCCCGGCCUUAUUUCCCUGCCUUAAAGUCGGUUCGGCGCGCAUCCCAUCCGGACUGUAUCCAACCGGACGGGAGCGCAGUUGAGGUUCAGUCCCGCGUUCGCCGCGACGCCAUGGAGAACUUGCCCAGUCAAGUGCUUCCGAUUUUAUUCCGCAUUCAAAUCAUUUAAAGAAAUCAUGAAAAAUGGAUAGCAUCGCCAACUGUUCCAAUUAUUCUGCCCAGUUCGAUCCGACUGUGAGCCCAGUGACGCUCAGCCGGGUGGAGACGAUCGUUCAUUUGAUUUGCCUUUCCCAGGGCAUCCCCAUCAACCUGUUGAUUGGCGUCGUGAUCGCCCGCAACCGCCGCCUCCACAAUCCGCGCAACACUUUCUGGCUGGGCAUCAUCGUCCUCAAUUUGUUGACCAUUUUCAUGGCCGUCCUCAAACUUUUGGUCGUUCACGUCGACGAUCCGGCCCAUUUCACCUGUCUGCUCUUCUCCUUCAUGACGGGCAAACCCUACACCAUUUUACUCUUCAUCAUGCUCCUGGCCAUCUUAGAUCGUUACGUUGCUAUUACGUACCCGCUGUAUCACCGGGAACACGUCACCGUCCGGCUGGUCGUUUUCGUUCAAAUCGGAAUUUUCAUGGCCGUCUUCUUCCUCCUAUCGAUGCCGUUCAUCUUCAACUGGAUUCCACUGCGGUGCGGAUUCAAUUUGAUGAUGGGCAAGUGGACCAUGUUUGUGCGGUCGAUCCUGGUGACGCUGUGCAUCACCGCCCAGGUGAAAGUCUACCUGGUCACUCGACGAUACCUGAGACAGGCGGAAGUCCGUCCGCUGCCCAUUCCACUCCAGCAGAUGGCCAUCACGCCCCCAAACAAUGGGGAAGAGUCGCUGCGUCCGGCUUCCGCCACGGCGGAAGAAUCUUCCAGCUCCUUGUCGGCGGUGGCCAACACCAACAAGAACGCCCCGUUCUUUGUCCACCGCCGGAAUAAAACCGUCAGCAAACUGGAACUGGAGGCCAGUCUGACUCUUCUCGUCGGAGUCUCUACAUUGUGCAUCAUCACCGCGCCCAUGUUUAUCGUCUGCUUCGCUCUUUCCAUCUGUCAACAAGUGGGCGGAGAAUGCGCUGGAUUGGUCUACAUGGCUCCGUACGUCAGACAAUCGGCCCUGAUCCACGCAGUUUACGGGCCGCUCAUCUACAUGAUCCGCAGCCGGGAAUUCGCUUCCGCCGUCCGUAAAAUGCUGCGGCCCAACUCGGCUCGGCUUGACGACGUCAACUACUUUUGAUAAAUUACAUUGCGCAGCUAAAUUAUUUGUUGUAAAUAAUAUCCAGAUACUUUUGUUUGACAUCAAACUGAUUAAACUUAAAUACAUUUAUCUAAACUUGUA